AUGAGCGCCGGAUCAGCAGCUGAUCCGCGAGACGCACGCUUUGAGGGACUUUUGGACCUGCGCGAACGCCUCACGCGGGAUGAGAAGCGGACGAAAUCUCGCCGACAAGGGAAGGAAGCUGAUGAGGAUGGUGAAGAGGGACAACGACCGCUCGACUACGCCGCCGCCUUCGAGACUGUCCUCCCCUUCGUCUCCUCAACCUCGACAGCCGUCUCGUCUGCCGUCCACAAGGGCUCGAACCCGUUGGUGCCGACCACAACAGCCUUCGAGACACUCGAUGUCCUUCUUCGCCGGGCGCACGCAGUCCUGACCACACGAGCACACCCCGAAGAACUCGACGCCGUCCGCUCGCAUCUCUCGCCCGACUUCCUCGUCCAGCUUUCGUCGAUUCUCUACGCAACAUGGGACAAGCAGCUCCCGUCGGCGUUGCAGAAGCUCAAGGCGUCCCUCGCGACGCUGUUGGCGAUCGCGUCGCCGGCUUGCCUCGACGUCCAGGACGUCUCGCAGCAGCUCAAGGAGAAGGUCCUAGUCGACGCCCUCGAUAGUCGACGAGCUCUGAGCAUUCUCGAAGCCCUCAUGCCGCAUGUCGCAUUGGAGGACUUCGCGCCUUUCUCAGAAUCGUCGGCGGACAUGCAGGAUAUCGCGGCGGGCGUGAUGCGGCGGUUCAUCCGAGCGAUCGCGCUCAACGAUGAGCAGGCGCAGCUGGUAGGGAAGACGGCCCUGAGCUGGAUCGAGAAGUGUUGGGCGACACCGGACGUGGACGGCAAUGCCUUCGUCAUCGAGCCCUGCCUCGAAGCAUGCCGGACGGACUCGCCCAAACUUCGGCAUUCUGUCACGACGUACAUCUUGCAAGGCGCCUUUUCUCGACGCAAAGAUCUCUUCGCCGAGAUGCUGCGGUCCGGCGGCUACCUCUUCACCGACGGGUCGGCUCAGGACACGCCAGAGGCGGAUCUCGAAGCGGCAUUGGCCAUCCUCAAGACCGGCAACGCCCUCAACCUCGUCGAGAUGGACGCCUCGCCUGAUGCCAAGCUGUCAAAGAAGGUGGCAUUGCCAUCGACUCUGCUUCGCUCGUGCCUCUGGCAUUCGUCUACCUCGCUUCGAACAUCGGCUCUGUCCGUCCUCGUCCUCGCCCAGUCGCCCUCGGUUCCCCUUCCCCUCUCCUCCUUCCCUCUCCUCCGAGAGUUCUACCAGUACUCGCUCUCCGACGAAGACGCCGAGUUCCGCAUGUCGACCACCUCGCUCACCGGCAAGCUUCUUCUGCGACUCCGCGACUCGUCGUGGAAAGCGCAGCGAACGGCAGACAAGGGCAAGGACGGCGCGGUGGCAGCGGCCGAGUACGUCUCCGCCGCGAAAGGAUUCCUCGAAUGGUUCCUCAACCUGGUCGGGCGCGAAAACCUCAAUCCCGCCCGCCCCUUCCGCCUCAAGAUUACGUUGCUGCGCCUGCUCGACCUCGCACUUCAAGCGCACGUCGAUCCACGCUUCCGCAUCGACGGCCAGGCGAGUGCUGGAGAUGGCGAACAGACCAAUGCUCGAGACGCCACGAACGGCUUCUCCUCGUAUCGCAAGACGGCCAAGACGCAGACGCCGACUUUCCACGCCAAGCAUCGCAAGAUGGACCUCAACGACCACCUUCACGCUGCAGCGAGUCCAUCUGCAUGGCCCUUCGACGUCGCACUCGUCACGCCCGAAACGACGCAAACGCUCCUUCGACAACUUCUCUCGACUUAUACCGCCGUCCGAUACCUCGCCAUCUCCAUGCUUGAGCGCUUCCCAUCGCCGUUGCCGGGGUACGAAGGCGAAGAAGGGACAGCUCGGGCGAAGGAGGAGCUACUCCAGCCAGCUUUGCGCAUGAUCCGCAGCGGUCGCGAGGCAGAAGCGAGUGCAGGCGCCGGAGUGAUCGGACUUGUAUGGAGGAAGUGGGUUCUCGAGGUUGUCGAGUGUGGCGGAUCGGCCAUCCAGGACGGCUCAACGCUCGGCGCAGUCGGUGGAUGGCUUGAAGGCGAGGAGACGGAGCGAGGGCCGGCGGGAUACGCCUAUAUCUCAUCCUUGCUCGACCUGGUCGAGCAACAGCUCUCGCAGUACUCGGUCAACCUUGCCUCGGCUGCAUCGAGAACGCCCAUGCACGGCACCAUUCUCGCGCUCCGACACCUCUUCAUCUCGAUCCCUGCCGCUUCGUAUGCCAAAAUCUCCUCCGCCGACAGUCGUCGACAGAUCUUCCACCGCACACUCGGCGUGAUCAAGCGGGUGUGGGAUGUCGCUUCGCCUGUUCUCGCUGCGAAGGCGCCCGAGGGGAACGGCGGAGACGAUGUGGAUACGGAAGAAGCGCGUGCGAUCCGUUUCGAGCGUCAGGCCAUGGCAGGGAACGGAGAAGACGAGAGCGAAGCGGCGGAGGGGACGGGAGGAACGCAGCACAAGAUUAUCCUGAGCGCCUGCUGGCGGGCGAUGAAGGAAGCCGGAGAACUGCUCGAGACGAUCCUGCGCAUCCCGUCCGAACUGGACACCGACACUUUCCGGCAGAUCUGGCAUCUCGACGAGAUUCGUGCGAUCGGCGACCUCUUCGGCACUUGGCUGCGACUUGCUCGGCACCGCGGCACGGUCGCAAACCUUCAUCCCUGCUUCUCUCGGAGCGCUGCAGCAUUGCUCGUUGCCGGCAAGCGCUGGAAGGAGGUUGGUGAGCUGCCUGGCAACUGGCUCAAGGAGUACCUCGACGCUGUUGUAUCGGCCCGCAUCUCUAUCACGCGCCGAUCGGCUGCCAUCCCCUUCGUCAUUCUCGGACUCAUGCUGGCCAUUCUCCCCACGUCUCGUCCGACUUUCGAUGCGGCCCUCAUUCGCCUCUUCGAGGUCGCCGAGUCUACAGCUUCCGAAAUCACCGACGAAAGCCGAACUCACGCCAUGAACACCUUGCGAACCAUCUUCCUCGAUGCCAAGGGCGGAGUCGCGGCGCAGCAAUACGUUGAGCGCGGCUUCCACCUCUCCAUCCGACUUUUCUGGUCGCCGAACUGGAUCCUGCGGAACGUCGCCAUGAUGCUCUUCGGCUCGCUCAUCAACCGCGCCAUCAACUCUCGGCGCGCCAACCUCGACCGCGAUCCCGUCAGUCUGUCGAGGCGCGUCUCGAUUGACGACUUCUUCGCACGCUACCCCAGCCUGCAGCUCGUUCUGCAGCAGGAGCUGGAGCGUGGCUGGCGGGAAAGCGCAACAUUGCCGCCCUCCUCCAAUCUUCAGUCCUCACUCUUCGCCAUCCUCAUGCUUUUCUCGCUUCUGCGAACGCCGAAGCGGCUCAGCACGCCGGACGCGCCGGAUCGGCCGACGUCGCCAUCGACUGCUUUCAUUCCGCUGAUCGAGGCGUGUCUGGCGAGUCGGGUGUGGAAGAUCCGCAACGUCGCGGCAGAUGCUUUGACCGGGUUGGUGGCGCCUGACGACGUCGCCGACGCCUGCCUUGCGAUCCUCACCAAGAUCCGCCAGACCACCGACGAGGUCUCGCUGAACGAGCUGCACGGUCUGCUUCUCCAAAUCUUGCGACUCGUCGAGGUGUACCCGCUGGAGUCGGACGACGAGAGUCGAGUCUCGACCGCUUUCGUCGACUUGCUGCCCGCCCUCUCCGACGCCGGCCGAUACCCGCCGACUAUCCUCUCCACCUACUUCACCGUCGCUCUCCACCUUCCUUCAUCCGUCCCGCACGUCUCGGUCGUCGCGUUCGACGUCGUUCAGCAGUCGGAACGGUGGUCCGCAGAACAGCGUCGCCUUCCUGGGGCUGAGGAACUCGCCCGGUCCAGCUGGGAAGUGCUCUUCCGCGGCAGUCUCGACGACGAGAAGGCUGCACUCCUUGGCGGCGCACUCGCCGGCAGCAGCCUCGAGACCAAACGAGCCGCACUCUCGAUUCUGGAGGCUGGCCCACCACAACUGCUGCAGAGGACGGCAGACGUGAUGUACCGCGUCGUCUUGGAUGUGAGCCAGGCGGGCGAUGUACGAGUACAGGCGGCCAAGCUGUUGCACGUUGUCUCUUCGUCCUCCUUCGACGCGAACUUCGAGGAAGUCGCUGCGGCUCAGCAGGAGACGGCCAUCGUCCCGCUCCGCGAAGCGCUGCUUCCGAUCGUGGCGUCGGCAGCGUGCUCGGAGGCCCCGCGUAGUCAGGCGCUGCGGAUCAUCGAGCAGGCAAGCGGUGUAGACGAGUCCGUUGAAUCGCGCGAAGCUGCCGGCGCCGCCCUCAUCUGCUUCGCCAAGCUUUACGAUUCCCUCGACCUCAUUUCCGCCUCGCUCCGCCCUCACUUCACGCUUCUCGCCUGCCGACUCUUGCAAGAUGACGACGUCACCGUGCGGGAGUCUGCCGCCGAGGCUUGCGGGCUGCGGCUUGUCGAGGGCAAGGCGGUCGAGCAGGUUGUGACUGACGGCGGCGAGCCGCUGCGGCAACUUCUGCUCGAAGAAGAAGAGCGUGAUCUUCAACAAGACCUUGCGCUCAUCUCGAAUCCUUCCUCCCUCCUCUUCGCCAUCGAAAAGCCAAAUAUCUUCCGCGACUUCGCUCUUACGACGUCACUCCUCUUGCCGUCCUUCUCGCCCGCUUCCUCGGAUGAUGUCAAGGCGCACGCGCGACAGCAAGUAACCAAGCUGGCCGACGCAGUCGAAGCGAGCAGGAACCUUCCUGCUGGCCCGCUCGGCUUGACCGGCAACGAGCUCGUCUCGCGUUGGGUACAUACGCUCGUCGGACGACUCGACGCGAUGGGCGAGGAGGAUCACGAAGCGGCGACGCUCUUGCGCCCCAGCAUCUAG